AUGACUACGAAUACAGAGAAAUCGGUUUCUCUAGGGAACGGUGAUGUUACACAUUUUUCGGAUCUGUCCAUGCAUAUGGAAGCUUUAUUUUUAAGCCAAAAAUAUUAUGAUGUUAUCUUGAUAGUUGAAGGUAACAGAUUAAUGGCCCAUAAGGUGGUAUUAGCGGCCAGGUGUCAAUAUUUCAGAGCGCUUUUUUUCGGAGGUCUUGCAGAAUCUAGUCAAAACGAAAUUACUCUACCACACGUGCCAUUUGAAGCAUUCAAACUGUUGGUAAACUAUAUGUAUACAGGUUUUAUGCCCUUAUCGAAGCUAAAAGUAGAUGUAAUGUUGGAUACGUUAGGAUUAGCAGACCAAUAUGGCUUUCAAAAUCUAGUCACUUCGAUAUCAAAUCAUUUGAAACAAUCCUUAGACAUUGAUAACGCUUCUAUAAUUUUGAAUACGGCAAAAUUAUACGAUUUAGACGAAUUAGUUCUAGAUAGCAUUCAGUUUUUGGACAGAAAUGCGUCAGCAAUCGUACUACACGAGUCGUUCAACUAUCUGUCAGAAGCUUCACUUAUAGAAAUUCUACAAAGGGAUUCAUUUUUUGCGCCAGAACUCGAUAUCUUCAAAGCGGUUUGCUGUUGGAGCGAAUUUCACGGAAUUGGCAUCGACAACAUAUUGUGGAACGUCAGAUUACCUUUGAUUAAAGAAAUAGAUUUAUUAACCACAGUGAAAGCAUCAGGUUUUAUUGAACCGUCCAAAUUGCAAGAAGUUAUAAGUGGGAGAAUAAAAACUAAAUUACUCUACAGAGGCCAACUAAUUGAAAAUGAAAACGUGGCUUCUCGUAGAUUUCGCACUGAAGUAAUCUCUGAACCACUUGAAAUGUUUUUGCUGGAUGAGGAUUAUUCCGAGAAAAAAUUUUGUACAAGACAUUAUGUUAGAUGGGUCGACUAUAAAGGCAUAAUUAUCAAGCUAGGACAACCUUCAAUUAUUAAUCAUAUUAAAUUGUUACUAUGGGAUGGAGAUACAAGGUAUUUCUAUUCCUAUUACAUUGACGUUUCAAUAGAUCAGAAAAACUGGACAAGAGUUAUCGACUACACCCAUUAUGAUUGCCGUUCUUGGCAAUAUUUAUUUUUUGAACGACAAGUUGUACAUUAUAUUAAAAUAGUGGGUACAAGUGGUACAGAUGGUUUCUUCCAUUUGAGCGGAGUGGAAGCUAUGUACAAGUCAGUCGUGCCGUCAAUGCUCAACGAUAUUAUUUGUCCAAGUUAUAAUGUAGCUACAUUAGACAAACACGCUAUUGUUAUUGAAGGUUUAAGUACGAUUCCAAAUUCCCUUAUUGAUGGUAACUGUACAAGAGACUGUUGGAACCUUGCUUACACCUGCCACAAGAUCCGAUCUGGAGCUAUAGUCAUACAAUUAGCUCAACCCUACGUGAUUUCUAGUUUGAGAUUACAGCUAUGGGAUCUAGAUGACGAUAAUUACAGCAAAUAUUAUAUAGAAUCAUCCGUCAAUUAUGAAGAUUGGCAGAUGCUGGUUGACAACACAAAAGAGCAAUGCAAAUCUUGGCAGGAGAUUAUUUUUCCUGAAACUGUAGUAGUUUAUAUAAGGAUUGUUGGAACUUUUAAUACAGUAAAUGAGAAAUUUUACUGUGGACAUUUUGAGUGUCCGUCCAUGAAAAUAAUUGAGUCUGCAAAAAACAGAUGA